AAGUAAUUGAACUAGGUCUUUGGUCAAUGAUUCGUUACCGUAUUUCAGACGAACUUUGAAGAAAUGACAAUGGAUCAACUUGAAAGUGGUUACUUUUCCAAUGGAGAGAUCUUCAUGGGAUUGAAAUUUCUUUACCAUCUUACCAAUACCGAGGACUACGAACUGAAGUUCAUCUUGACUGAUCAAGAUAAUUAUUCUGGAGCAGCUGGCUACGACUCUUUUCAAAUUCUGAAUAACCAUACCUAUGCGUUCAGUAUUGGAAGUUUCGUAGAAGAGCCCAUUUUUGCUGGAGACUCAUUCAGCGUUUACGCCGGAGUACCAUUCUCAACGCCGGACAAGGAUAAAAGCAGAAACAAUUGUGCUAAUAGCACUGGAACGUCUGGCUGGCUACUUCAGGAUGACUAUUUAGAGGCAUGCACGCGAGCAAACUUGUUUGCGCCCCAGACAAAAGAAAAUAACUCGUUUGGUGGCGUGACAUGGGGCACAUUUAGGGGUCACAAACAUCCUUUGUCAAGACUUUGGCUGAAAGUUCGACCCAAGGAGUUUCCAACCAAAAUUGCAUCACCCUUUCCCAACAAAGCUGAAAUAGAUGCUUGGUAUAAGACAGCUUUGACAACAGAAUAUGGAACAAAAUAUGCGUACUAUUGUAAUGAUGGGCGUAAAUGGAGCCCACAGACUCUCGACCAACCGCUUUACACGUGCCAGUGGAACCAAACUUGGUCUAGAAAUUAUGACAUGACCCACCAUAAUUGUGAAUGGUAUAAGUGCACUCAUCCACCUCAAGUCAAAUUACUUGGUCCUGACUUUAUAGUCCUAACCUGGAAAUAUGACUCAACUGGACUGGAUAUUGGACAAACACUUCAAGUUCAUUGCAAAAACGGAAAGAGGAUUAAAGGUAACCUAACGCGCCGAGGUGUGGAUGUAGAAUGUGGUCCGGAAAAUUCAUACAUCUUCCCAAAGAACAAGAUGACUUGUGUUUCAAGUACGUUGAUCAAUCCAAGACUUGCACAAAAUUAAAAAAAUAAAUUAAGAAUCAGGUGAUCAAUAACAGUGGGAAUGUAUCACUUUAUUGCUACCUUUUUAGGCAUUAUUUAAA